GCCUGCCUCUAGUCUUCAGCUAGUGUUGGUGGUUGCCAUGAUGCAGAGGUUAGGGAGGGAACAUCCAGACGCUGGAGCUCAGGUCUCCGGGGCCUGACAUGGAACAAUCAGAAUUCCCAGGGCUUCCACACAGCCGGAAAGUUGAGAGUGGGUGGAGAGAAACAUAUGUGGCUCUAAAUGCUUAUCUGUUCUUCUGGCUAAUGGCUGAACUUCUCUCUCAUCCCUCAUCCUGUCCUCUAGUCUUCUGAGCCUUUUUCCCUUCAGCUCAGAAAAUCCUGGGCCGCUGGGAGCCGCAGCCCCCAUUUUCCAACAGAAGAUAGGAACAGUCACUUUCAUCCCUCUCUAGAAGUCUGUGACAGGAAAGCUUCGAGUUUGUGUUAAUGGUGUCCGCGGGCCUUGAUUUUCAUUUCCGUGCCGUCUGCAGCCAUGGCUUAGAAAGACAGAGAUCGGGGCUCCCAGGACCCGGGCUGAGGCGGAAGUGACUCUCAUGGACUUCCAGAGGACGCAGGGCCUUUCGCUCAGGGGCCUGUCUGGGGGGCUACUGCUGGUCUUCAGCUGGAUGACCCUUUCCCAGCAGACCUCUCUCUCAGCAUUGGCCCGCCACCCUCACUUGUGCCAGACCACCCGGGAGGCAGGCGGCCGCCACUACCCUGGUUUCUUCUGUCCUCGGCUCUCUGACACUCGCGAGGAAGCCUACUGCUGCCACCUGCAGGCGGCAGGGGGCUCCUGCUGCACCCGGGCUGAAUUCGAGGCCCUGUACCGAGUCAACCUGUCCUCCCUUCCGCCUCCGCCCACGCUCAGGGGCCCGGGCCCUCUCCUCGCGCUGGGCCUCUACAGCCUGCUGCUGGUGGUCCUGAUCAGCGCAGACCUCGCGCACUUCUGCCGCGGUCGGGGCCGGAGCCGCAGCCGGCCAGCCCCUCGGUCCUCCGCCGCGCGCCCCCUGCAGGUCCCGGCGGGAACACACUAG